AAAACCAGCAGCAGCUACAGAGCAACCACCAGGAGAGUAUGUGACACACACGUUUGUCUCUGGUAGACAGACAUACAAAGUAUUCUAGAUGCUGCCUAUAUGGAAAACAUCUUUUGUGUCCUGCGAAUCCAGACGCACGAAGAGGUUUUCUUAAGAUUUUGCUGUGUGGACACGGUUUAAGUUUAGUUUGUGUGGAGUAGAAUUACUCCCCCGAUCAGUGUGGACUAAUGAUGGCUCUAAUGGUUCACCUCAAGAAGGUUGCCCACCUUCGAGGAAAAGGUGACAGGAUCGCCAAAGUUACAUUCAGGGGUCUUCCGUUCUACAGUCGUGUGGCAGAGAACUGUGAGGACAUUGCCAGCUUUAAUGAGGUAUUUCGAUGGCCCAUCGCCAGCAGGUUGGAUGGAAAUGAGAUGCUGGAGAUCCAAGUAUACAAUUACAGCAAGGUCUUUUCCAACAGACUGGUGGGUACCUUCUCCAUGGUACUGCAAAAGGUGGCAGAAGAAGGACACCUGGAGCUGACUGACACACUUAUUGAUGAUAACAACACAUCAAUAAAGACCAGUGUUACCAUAGAGAUCAGAUACCAACCGAUGGAUGGCACAGUAGGGGUGUGGAGUGACGGUGAGUUCCUGGAUGUUCCUGAUGACCGUGAUGGGUUCUUUGCGUUCGAGACAGACAGUUUACUGUCAGGACAAAGCCAUGGAUCGGGGACAUCACCUGGACGAUCUUUACAAGGAUCCAUACCGACCUUCAGAAAAGCGGGGAAGGGAGUUUUCUCAGCCAUGAAGCUCAGCAAGAUCAAGAGCUCGAAAGAUGACCACAAGAAAGGAGAUGAGCCAGCAGUCCUGGACAUGGAGGACCUGGACAGAAAAGCGAUGCAUAUUGCAGGAACCCUCGACCCAGACACCAUCUCUCUGGCCUCUGUCACCGCUGUCACCACCAAUGUCUCCAAUAAGAGGUCAAAGCCAGACAUCAAGAUGGAGCCGAGCUCUGGGCGACCGGUGGAUUAUCAGAUUAGUAUCACAAUCAUUGAGGCCCGGCAGCUGAUAGGCCUCAACAUGGACCCGGUGGUUUGUGUGGAGAUCGGGGAUGAUAGGAAGUACACAUCGAUGAAAGAAUCCACCAACUGCCCUUACUACAAUGAGUAUUUUGUCUUUGACUUCCACGUCCCUCCUGACGUCAUGUUUGACAAGAUCAUCAAACUUUCCGUCAUUCACUCUAAAAACCUUCUUCGGAGUGGAACCUUGGUUGGAACCUUCAAGAUGGACGUCGGGACUGUUUACUCUCAACCUGAACACCAGUUUUAUCACAAGUGGGCCAUACUGUCUGAUCCUGAUGAUAUCACAGCCGGGUGCAAAGGAUACGUAAAGUGUGACAUCGCUGUGGUCGGAAAAGGCGACAACAUCAAGACCCCACACAAGGCCAAUGAGACUGAUGAAGAUGAAAUAGAGGGAAACCUCCUGCUUCCUGAGGGCAUCCCAGCCGAGAGGCAGUGGGCCAGGUUUUAUGUGAAGAUUUAUCGAGCCGAGGGCCUUCCAAAAAUGAACACCAGCAUCAUGGCAAAUGUGAAGAAGGCUUUCAUAGGAGAGAACAGGGACUUGGUGGACCCCUAUGUUCAAGUGCAGUUUGCUGGGCAGAAAGGGAAGACCUCAGUCCAGAAGAGCAGCUAUGAACCCAUCUGGAACGAACAAGUUGUCUUCACAGAGUUGUUUCCUCCACUCUGCAAGCGGAUGAAGGUCCAGAUUAGGGACUCUGAUAAGGUCAACGACGUUGCCAUAGGAACGCACUUCGUUGAUCUUCGCAAAAUAUCCAAUGAUGGCGAUAAAGGGUUCUUGCCCAUCUUUGGUCCAGCCUGGGUCAACAUGUACGGUUCCACUCGUCAGUACACUUUGAUGGACGAGCACCAGGACCUGAACGAUGGACUUGGGGAAGGCGUGUCCUUCAGAGCCCGCCUCCUGCUCUCCAUAGCUGUGGAGAUCCUGGACACAACGUCCCCUGAGAUCAUAAGCUCCACUGAGGUUCAAAUGGAGUCAGUCUCUAACAUCUCUGAGAGCGCCACCGGGAAAGUAGAGGAGUUCUUCCUCUUUGGUUCGUUUCUGGAGGCCACCAUGAUUGACAGGAAAAUUGGCGACAAACCAAUCACAUUUGAAAUCACAAUAGGUAACUAUGGCAACCAAAUAGAUGGUGUAAGCAGGACAGCGUCGUCAAAGAAGAAGAAAAAGGAUGGAGAGAAUGAAGAGGAGGAGAACGAGCUGAUCCAGAACUCCAGUGAAGACGAGGCUGAUGAGGAGGGAGACCUGGUGUCUGUGUCCUCGACUCCGCUGAUGAAGCCUGUUAUCACGGACAGAAACUACUUCCAUCUUCCCUACUUUGAAAAGAAGCCAUGUGUCUACAUCAAGAGCUGGUGGCAGGACCAGAGAAGACGACUCUACAACUCCAACAUGAUGGAUAAAAUCGCUGACAAACUGGAAGAGGGUGUGAAUGAUGUUCAGGAGAUCAUUAAGACAGAGAAGGCUUUUCCCGAGCGCAGACUCCGGGGAGUUCUGGAGGAGCUCAGCGUUGGCUGCAGUCGGUUUGUGACUCUGGCAAAUAAGGAUGUGAACCAAGCAGGCAGAACCAAACUGGAUCGAGAACGCCUCAAGUCCUGUAUGAGAGAGAUGGACAGCAUGGGACAACAGGCUAAACAGAUUCGCACUCAAGUAAAGAAAAACACAGUCAGAGACAAACUUAAGCUGGUGCAGAACUUCUUACAGAGGCUUCGUUUCCUUGCUGACGAGCCACAACACAGCAUCCCAGAUGUUUUUAUUUGGAUGAUGAGCAACAACAAACGCAUCGCAUACGCCCGAGUUCCUUCUAAAGACAUUUUGUUCUCGAUAGUCGAUGAAGAAACUGGAAAAGACUGUGGCAAAGUCAAAGCUGUCUUUCUCAAACUUCCUGGUAAGAAGGGCUUUGGUCCUGCAGGCUGGACAGUUCAGGCAAAGCUGGAGCUCUAUCUGUGGCUGGGCCUCAACAAGCAGAGGAAGGAUUUCCUCAGUGGUCUCCCUAAUGGGUUUGAAGAGAUCAAAGCUGCUAAAACGGGCCCUGGUCUUCAGUCUGUUCCCCCUGUUAGCCUCGUCUAUAACAUGAAACAGGUUUUUCAGCUCAGAGCACACAUGUACCAGGCCCGAAGUCUGUUUGCUGCUGACAGCAGUGGCCUUUCUGAUCCCUUUGCACGAGUCUUUUUCUCCUCACACAGCCAGGUCACUGAGGUCCUAAGUGAGACGCUGUGUCCUACAUGGGAUCAGCUGCUGGUGUUUGACAAUGUGGAGCUGUUUGGUGAGGCCAGCGAGCUGCGAGACGACCCACCAAUCAUCGUGGUUGAAAUUUAUGACCAGGACACUGUGGGUAAGGCAGAGUUCAUAGGUCGGACAUUUGCUAAGCCCACCAUCAAAAUGUGUGAUGAGCACUACGGACCCCCGAGGUUCCCCCCUCAGCUGGAGUAUUACCAGAUUUACAGAGGAAACUGCACUGCCGGAGAGCUGCUGGCUGCUUUUGAACUGCUGCAGAUACCUUAUGAUGCAGAGGAGAUUAGGAGAGCUCUGAUUGCUGUCCAUAACUUUGCUGUUCCUCAAAUAAAGAUCGGUCAAGGAGGGCGAGCUGAACUUCCUCCUCUCGAAGGGCCGACAGACUCCGAGCGAGGGCCCAUUCUGCCUGUGCCAUUAGGUAUCAGGCCUGUUCUCAGUCGCUACCGAAUAGAGGUUUUGUUUUGGGGAUUAAGGGACUUGAAGAGGGUAAACCUAGCCCAGGUGGAUCGACCCCGUGUGGAUAUUGAGUGUGCGGGUAAAGGAGUGCAAUCUGCUCUCAUCCAAAAUUAUAAGAAGAACCCCAACUUCAGCACCCUGGUUAAAUGGUUUGAGGUGGACCUGCCAGAAAAUGAGCUCCUCCACCCUCCACUCAACAUCCGAGUAGUUGACUGCCGUGCAUUUGGCCGCUACAUCCUGGUUGGGUCUCAUGCCGUCUCCAGCCUGAGGCGCUUCAUCUACAGUGCUCCAGACAAAACCUCGAACAACUGGGCCACUGCAGCUAAGCUAAUGAAUGGCUACAUGGUCCUUGCCAAUGGCGGCUCCCAGCCUCGCUCCUCACCCAGCCUUUCCUCCCGCACUUUCUCUCGCCCCGCAGGUGACGUCCUGGUCAACAUGGACUCGGAGGGGAUUCGAAAAAUGGACACAAUAGUGAAGUUAGACGCUACAUCUGAUGCUGUUGUAAAAGUUGACAUGAAUGAAGAUGAAAGUGACAAAGAGAAAAAGAAGAAGAAGAAGAAAAAGAAAGGAGGAGUGGAAGAGGAGGAAGAGACAGACGAGAGUGUGCUCGACUGGUGGUCAAAGUAUUUUGCUUCGAUAGAGACGCUGAAGGAGACCCUCAGGGCUCAGGAGGCAGCUCAAGCAGAGGCAGAGGAGAGGGAGGACCUGGAGAUAGCAGCAGAAACUGCAGACAUCAAACCAGAUGACCUUCUCCUAAAAGGGUCAAAGAUGAAGGAAAAGGGCAAAGAGAAGAAGAGCUCCAAGGACAAGAAGAAAGGCCAUGCUGUCGACGGCUCUGAGAAGCAGCCGGUUAAACCUAAAGUGGAUGAACUGGUGGUCUACAACAAGGAGCUGGAGGGUGAGUAUGGCAAGUUUGAAGACUGGCUUCAUACAUUCAACCUCUACAGAGGAAAAGCCGGGGACGAUGACGAGCAUGCUCUGGAUGAUGACAGAAUCGUUGGCAGAUUCAAGGGAUCCUUAUGUAUGUACAAGCUACCUCUGUCUGAAGAGAUCACAAGAGAGGCGGGAUUUGAUCCUAAUAUGGGCAUGUUCCAGAGCAUUCCACACAACGAUCCAAUCAACGUCCUCGUCCGUGUCUAUGUGGUCAGGGCUACUGAUCUUCAUCCUGCAGAUAUCAAUGGGAAGGCUGAUCCUUAUGUUGUGAUUAAACUGGGCAAGUCAGAGGUCAAAGACAAAGAGAACUACAUCUCCAAACAGCUUAAUCCGGUUUUUGGCAAAUCUUUUGACAUUGAGGCCACUUUUCCCAUGGAGUCCAUGCUGACAGUGUCCGUGUAUGACUGGGACUUGGUUGGCACCGACGACCUGAUCGGAGAAACAAAGAUUGACUUGGAGAAUCGUUUCUACAGCAAAUACAGAGCGACGUGUGGCAUUUCUUCCAACUACUCACUCCAUGGAUACAAUGUUUGGCGGGACCCUCUGAAGCCCACUCAGAUCUUGACUAAGCUGUGCAAGGACGGAAAGAUUGAUGGACCUCAUUAUGGACCAGGAGGCAAAGUCAAAGUGGCAAAUCGAAUCUUCCAGGGACCAACAGAUAUUGAAGAUGAAAAUGGCCUGAAGAAGCAAACUGAGGAGCAUUUGGCUCUGACAGUCCUGAACCACUGGGAGGAGAUCCCCAGAGUUGGCUGCAAACUUGUUCCUGAACACGUGGAAACCAGACCGCUGCUCAACCCUGACAAACCCGGCAUUGAACAAGGCCGUAUUGAGAUGUGGGUGGAUAUGUUUCCUAUGGAUAUGCCUGCUCCAGGGCCUGCGAUUGACAUAUCACCACGGAAACCAAAAAGCUUUGAGCUUCGUGUUAUUAUUUGGAACACUGAUGACGUUAUUCUAGAGGACGAUGCUUUCAUGACAGGAGAGAAGAUGUCUGACAUCUAUGUCAGGGGGUGGCUGAAAGGGCAGCAGGAGGACAAGCAGGACACAGACGUUCACUACCACUCCCUCACCGGCGAGGGCAACUUUAACUGGCGCUUCGUCUACCCCUUCGAUUACCUCAUGGCUGAAGAGAAGAUCGUCAUCUCCAAGAAAGAGUCCAUGUUCUCAUGGGACGAGACUGAAUACAAGAUCCCUCCUCGGCUCACUUUGCAGGUCUGGGACGCCGACCACUUCUCUGCUGAUGACUUCCUGGGUGCAAUUGAGCUGGACCUAAAUCGAUUCCCACGCGGCGCUAAGACGGCCAAACAGUGCUCCCUCGACAUGAUCCGAAAUGAGCAGGAGCUGCCUACCAUUUCCAUCUUCAAACAGAAGAGAGUGAAGGGCUGGUGGCCAUUUGUAGCCCGUGAUGAGAAUGAUGAAAUGGAGCUCACGGGUAAAGUUGAAGCUGAGCUUCAUCUGGUGACGGCAGAAGAGGCUGAGAAAAGUCCUGUUGGACUGGGACGAAAUGAGCCUGAUCCACUGGAAAAACCAAAUCGCCCAGACACCACCUUCCUGUGGUUCCUGAGCCCACUGAAAGCCAUCCGCUACCUGAUCUGCAACCGCUACAAGUGGCUGAUCAUCAAGAUCGUGCUGGCCCUGCUGCUGCUCAUCAUGCUGGGCCUCUUCCUCUACAGCAUGCCGGGCUACCUGGUUAAGAAACUGCUGGGGGCCUGAGCGUCUGCUGGGAGGACAGGGAGGGUGGUGGCAAGCCAGAUUGAUCAGUGGAUGGAUAAGGGGUUGUGGGGGUGGGUGCUACAGAGGGUUGAAGGUGGGAGCUGGCUCAUCUCAAAAAAGAGAUUGCAAGGAAUCCUGGUGCCUCCCCUGUAAGGAGGGAGGAAAACAAGCACUGGAUGUCUGGUUGCACUUUUCUCCUCUGUAAUCCAUUCUGAUCUAUACAGCUCGCCACCUUCCGCCUUAGCCCUGAGGAGAGGCGCACAAACCAGCCGAAACGACUUUUCCUUAAGUCACAAGAAACACUGUCUAAUUCUCUAUCGAUUCGCAGCAAACCUAACAAAUCUCAGUAUCUGAUGUCCAACCAAACAGACAUCCUUGAACUGACUGCACAGCAAUCAAAUGCCUGAGAGUAACCCCAGAUCUGACCCCAAACACCUGUAACAUGACAACACACUUUUAUUUACCCGUUUCUGCAUCUUUUUAAAUAUUUAUCAAGCUAAUUCAAGUCCAAGCGCUGGGGUUCGUCAGAUGAUUGCAUGGAUAUUCAUUUCAAAGAUGCCAAGUAAAGAUGCAAAACAUCCAUUACAGAUAAUAUGUCUGCGACUGGGUUAAGAGGGAACAAAUGAACAGUAUUUUUAACAAUUAUUGCUCUUGCAGCCUUUGCACACUUAAAGAAUAAUGAUGAAUACACUGAAAUGAAGAUGACUAUUUUCCUAAAGGGAUUCAAAGAGAGAUAGAACAAGACGACUUUAAAAUAAUAAGUAAAUAUUAAAUAUGCUUUCUGCAGGGUUUAGUAACUACGGAAGCAUGAUGCUGUUAAGCCAGAAAAAGUACAAAAAGGGUUGAUUUCUUACAAGAUUUGUGUUAUUACCACAUAUUUAACCUUAUUACAACAUACAGUUAUGUUAUAGCAGACGCAGAUUUAACUGAUCUUUUACAAUACGCAACCCUUUGUUAGAAAUAUAUUAAGUAGAAAUAUAAACAGUAUAAUUAUGAAAAUCUACUUUGAAAUCAUUCCAUUAUAAAGUAAAAAAUAUGUGGUUAUAACAUGAAAAAUAUAAUAAUAAACUUACAUUAGAUAUUAAUCUGUUUUUCUUUUUCUGCCCUUCCAGCAGCAAGCGUCCUAAGUCACUUUUAUGUUCAAUGUUUAAACUUCUCAAAACUCCCAAUCCUGACUUGUAUCAAACUGUAUUUGCAAAUAAUGCUGGCGUAUGUUUUACCCCCUGUUGUAAUCACUGUUCUUGUAAAGUACAGACUAUCAGGAUUUCUUGACAGUUAAAGCUUAAUUACUAUCCCAUUAUGGUUUUAUUGUGUAAAAUGGUCCUCAUUGCCUUGUCACAGCCUUUAAACAGAUUGUUUGCAAACAUAAUUUGACCAGGUCUGACUUAAAAGUGAGAAAUUCUUCACUGUUAUUACUGUCUGUGCAAAAAAAUAAGGCUAAAAUGUCAAUAUGCAUGCAUCAUUGUGAUAACUGACCACAGAGGUCAUGUGUGUUGGCAUGACUGUCUUUCCAACUCAACACAAACCAAAUCACUACCUUUGUUGUCUUUAACAAUGGAAAUAAUGUACAAUUAACUCAUGGAAAUAUGAUUAAAGUGCACUUGAGCUGUGUGUUAUGUUAAAAAGGCGCUGGGUUGGCUCAGUAAACAGGAUCCUGCAGUAUCUUCAUAUCGGAUGGCAUUGUUUGCAGUGUCCAUUACCCCCCUGUUUUGUUUUUUUUUUAAAUGCCUGAGCUUGACCUGUUGUUCAUUUGUGUUGCAGUCUUUGUUGUGAUUGUGUUUCACCGAUUACAGCGGUUGCACUAAACUUGCCUGUUUUUACAAUGAAUUUCUGUAUUUAUAUAUCUGUUGAAAUGUGUGCAAUAUUUGUUUUGUCUGUUUUGACCAUUUGAAAUAAACUGAAUUCCAUGGA